GCAGGAAGUCGACGUGCGGUGUCCGGAUGUGGACGUGGCAUAGCGUUGCAGCAGUUCCGCUGAAUGUCCGCUCCUGCUACCAAGAAGGGAUUAGUGAGCAACACCCCGGGACGACAUUGGCUUCUUAGUUUGUCGGCCUCUGGGUUUCACCGUUUGCCACAAACAAAAGAUAGCCUUACUAUUUACACCUCUUCGGAGAUUUAGGGAUGAACUGAGGAUGAAUGUAAACCAGCACACUCCUAUGGCCUCUCCAUACAGCCAGCCCCAGCCUGGCUAUGGUCAGCCCAGCUUCAGUCCCCUGGAUGGGGGAUAUCCUGCGCAGUAUGCACCCUACAACGGCCCUGCUUUGGCCUAUCAGCCUGGGGUUCCACCACAAGGUUAUUCUCCUUUCACAAGCUUUCCCUCUAAGGCUGUGGCAGCCAACCCAGUCUCUGACCUCUCCUCUCCUCUUGACUUAGGCCCUCCAAGGGGUCCUCCAACCUCUGGACCACCUCCUGUUUCAGCAUCUCAGCAGUAUAAUCAGUACACCCACAGUCCAGGCGACAUGCAAAAUGGACCCCCACCUAUGACACAGGCACCAUCAAGGCCUCCUGUUUCCCAGCCAUACAACCAGGGAGUUAUGAACAUGUCAGGGCAGCAGCCCUCCUAUUCACAACACUACGGCCCUCCAUCCUCAAUGCAGCAAGUUACGAACCAGAUGACCGGGAUGCACAUCACAUCAGGACCACCGACACCUGCAGGGCCAGGCUAUGCUCAACCCCACAGCUCCCAGCUUCCCAUCAGUACUGCCUACUCGGCCACACCUCAGCCUUCCUACACCCAAGCUCCUCCCCCUGUUUCCUCUGCUUCUACCCAGCCACCACUUCCCAGUGGUCCUGCAGCACCUCAGCAAUACUAUGGAGGCCCACCGCCUCCUUCUCAACAGCCAUUCAACUCCUCUCUUCCCCCUACCUCUCAACAGCAGUUCACCUCUUCUCUUCCGCCACCUCCUUCUCAGCAAACUUUUCCUCCCUCUUCCUAUUCGGGUCCUGUGCAUCCAUCCAGCCAAGCUCCUUCUCCUCCGGUAUCCCAGUCACAGCAGUCUUUCCCUCCACCUCAGCCCCCUUUCUCUUCAGCACCUCCACCUGUUAGCCAACCUUCCUUUACAACAGGCCCACCUCCACCUUCUCAAGGCUCCUUCCCAUCUCAAGCACCCCCUCCUUCCUCUCAGCCUGGGUCUUUUCCUCCUCCUGGCCCUCCUCCAACCUCAGCUGCUUCUGGCCAGUACUUGGGCCCAAUGCCACCCCAACAACAGCAGCCCCAUCCUUCCCAACCAUCCCCCUACCACUCAGGGCCUCCUCUUCCAAGAGCUCAGAUGCCUCCCACCUCAAUGGCUCAGAGCAACCACCUACCUUCAGGACCACAGGGGCCACCAGGCCCUCCUGGACCCCUGCAGCAACCCCCACCUCAGCCUGGCAUGCAGACAGGAUACCCUCCUCAACAGAAUGGUGCAUUUGGGCAGGUAAGAAGUCCCCAGCCAGGUUAUCCAGGUCCUUAUCCCGGACAACCAAACUAUGGUGCCCCAGCACCGGCACCAGCUCCUGCUCCACCUGCACAAAAAAGACUUGACCCAGAUGCUAUCCCUAGCCCGCAAGCGUCUGACAUGCCGGCUGUGCAGAAGUCCAGACAUAGAAUAGAUCCAGAUGCUAUCCCCAGCCCAAUCCAAGUAAUAGAGGAUGACAAAGCUAAAACCAACGAGCCAUUUACCACAGGGGUCAGAGGUCAAGCUCCACCACUGGUUACCACCAACUUUCAGGUCAAAGAUCAAGGGAAUGCCAGUCCCAGGUUUAUUCGCUGUACAGCUUACAAUAUACCUUGUACAUCCGAUAUGGCCAAGCAGUCUCAGGUGCCGCUGGCUGCCAUCAUUAAGCCCCUCGCCACACUGCCUCCUGAUGAGACUCCUCCAUACCUGGUCGACCACGGCGAGAGUGGUCCAAUCCGCUGCAACCGGUGCAAGGCCUACAUGUGUCCGUACAUGCAGUUCAUAGAGGGAGGCCGUCGCUUCCUGUGCGGAUUCUGCAGCUGUGUCACAGAGGUGCCUCCACAUUACUUCCAGCAUCUGGACCACACCGGUAAGAGGGUGGACUGCUACGACCGGCCGGAGCUGUCACUGGGCAGCUACGAGUUCCUCGCUACUGUCGACUAUUGUAAGAACAACAAGCUUCCUCAGCCUCCAGCCUUCAUCUUCCUUAUCGAUGUGUCCUACAAUGCAGUGAAGAGCGGCAUGGUCAGCAUAGUCUGCCAGGAACUCAAGAGCCUGCUAGACCACCUGCCAAGGGAAAAUCCAGAAAUCGAGUCUGUGGUGCGGGUGGGCUUUGUCACCUACAACAAGGUUUUGCACUUCUACAAUGUGAAGUCGAGUCUGGCUCAGCCCCAGAUGCUGGUGGUGUCGGACGUGUCGGACAUGUUUGUGCCUCUUCUUGAUGGGUUCCUGGUCAACGUAAAUGAAAGCCGGCAAGUUAUAGAGAGUUUGCUGGACCAGAUCCCAGAGAUGUUUGCAGACACCAGGGAGACGGAAACAGUUUUUGGACCCGUCAUCCAGGCAGGCUUGGAGGCACUCAAGGCUGCUGACUGUGCAGGGAAGCUGUUUGUCUUUCACACCUCUCUGCCCAUCGCAGAGGCUCCUGGAAAACUAAAGAACAGAGAAGAUAAGAAGUUGAUUGGGACAGACAAGGAGAAGUCUCUGUUUCAGCCGCAGGCAGGAUUCUACAACAGCCUGGCGAAGGAGUGUGUAGCACAAGGUUGUUGUGUGGAUCUUUUCCUCUUCCCUAAUCAGUAUGUGGAUGUUGCCACGUUAGGGGUGGUCCCUGUCUCCACUGGAGGUUCAGUCUACAAAUACACCUACUUCCAGGCUCAGUCAGAUCAGGAGCGAUUCCUGAAUGACCUCAGACGAGAUGUUGAGAAACAGGUCGGGUUUGAUGCCGUUAUGAGAGUUCGAACCAGCACAGGUAUCCGGGCGACUGACUUCUUUGGCUCAUUUUACAUGAGUAACACCACAGAUGUGGAGCUGGCAGGUUUGGACUGUGACAAAGCCAUCACUGUUGAGUUCAAACAUGACGACAAGCUCAGCGAGGAGACCGGAGCACUCAUGCAGUGUGCUGUGUUGUACACAAGCUGCAGCGGUCUGCGGCGCCUCCGCAUUCACAACAUGGCGGUCAACUGCUGCUCUCAGCUGGCUGACCUCUACCGUAACUGUGAGACGGACACAAUCAUCAACUUCUUCUCCAAAUACGCUUUCCGAGGCGUCUUAAACAACCCCACAAAGGCAGUCAGAGACACUCUGGUCAACCAGUGUGCUCAGAUUCUGGCUUGUUACAGAAAGAACUGUUCUAGUCCUUCAUCUGCUGGUCAGCUGAUUCUCCCAGAAUGCAUGAAGCUGCUUCCCGUGUAUCUGAACUGCGUGCUAAAGAGUGACGUGCUGCUGCCGGGAGCUGACGUCUCGCUGGACGACAGGGCUUACCUCAGGCAGCUGAUCAGCUGCAUGGACGUCGCAGAGACCCACAUCUUCUUCUACCCCCGCCUGCUGCCACUGAUGAAGUUGGAAAGUGGAUCGUUACCGGUGGCAGUGAGGGACUCGGAGGAAAGGUUGUCAAAAGGCGGCGUUUACCUCCUGGAGACGGGGCUCCACCUCUUCCUGUGGGUGGGAGCCAGCGUCCAGCAGGAGCUGCUCCUCAACAUCUUCGGCACUCCGAGCUUCAGCCAGAUCGACUCGAACAUGACAAGUCUGCCUGUUCUGGACAACCCCUUCUCCCAGAGACUCCGAGAAAUCGUUGACUCCUUCAGAGCACAGCGGUCACGAUACAUGAAGCUGAUGGUGGUGAAACAGGAAGACAGAGCCGAGCUGAUAUUCAAGCACUUCUUAGUGGAGGACAAGAGCGCCAGCGGGGGAGCGUCAUACGUGGACUUCUUGUGUCACAUGCACAAGGAGAUCCGCCAGCUUCUCAGCUAGGCCUCGUUAAUCACACCUUCACCUCUGAUCCCCACCACAGACACACCUCCACCCAACCCUGGUCACCUUUCACCCUCCCAUGUGAAAGGAAACGCUUUAUUUCCCCCUUCUUUCCUCCUUUUUUUUUUUUUUUUUAAUGACCUAAUAAACUAAGCUCUCCUUGCUGUCUGUCAGCUGAGCACCAGAGACCAGCUGGCGGAUCACAGCAUGUCUGAUAGUGUGUAAGAAGUGAGAUUGAUAAUGUGAUCUUAGCAAAGCUUAACUCUGCCUCAGAUCUACUGCUCCCACACAGCAGGAGCAGAAUAACUGACAAGGAAGGGUAAUGUAUAUACACAAGUGAACAAUUAUGUAUGCAACAGACAGAGUGAUGGAGGUGGCUGGUGUUAACUGUAGUUGCUGUACUGUCUGUAUUAUUAGCACUGAAAGGCUGUUUUGGGGGGUGCAUAAACAACUCUAAUAGCAAACACUUUUUAUAUGAUUGAAUCCCAAUACAAUGAUGGACAUCUAUGUAUGAAAAUGGAAUUAAAUAAAUGCUGUUCUAUCUGUCUCUUAUCCACUUUAAUCAUGGCCUUAGUACCUGCUCCCCAUGCUGCUCCAAUCAUCCAUAAUGUGAGUGUGUGCUUGUUUUCAGAUAUAAGGAUUAGCCCAGUUUUUAUCUCCUGCUAUGUUUCCAGGUGUAACGUCCAACUCAAACUUAAAUACAGAAAGCAUUUACAGAACAGUUUUAAAAUAAAUAAAUCUGGUUUCACUGGAAAUGAGUCUACAUAAGACUGAUGAGUAAUCACACAUUUUGAUAUGUUAAUUCCCUUUAAUGGUGCAAACAUCUGGCUCCGUUUGGAUUCAGAUGAACUAGAUGUUCAUUUUAGAUUAAAAACUCUGAGGCAUGGGAGCUUUUCUUUUCAGCACGGCAGUGAUGGAACACCUCUAAUCGUGAGUGACGUAGUGCUGCAGACUUUAUAUUAAUCAGAAGAGUUCGUCUCCUGAGCACAGAGUGACAACAGAUGGUUGAACACCAGGUCAUGUUUGCAGGUUUUGAGUUGUUCCCCACUGAAGAGUUGAAAAUGUGUUCGGCGUGUAAAUAGAAUAUAUAAUCUGUACAGAAUUAAUAGAAAAUAACAAUUUUAACAGCUUGCCUGAGCAGCUGUGGUCGGUUGAUGGUUUCUCUGUCACUAUUAGCCAAAAUAUAAAAUCAUGGCUUUUACUGACGAGAGGAAGAUGGGCUUUUUAUUAUGUUUGUGUGAGUGCAAGAUGUGUGUGUGAAAGUGCGGUCGGUCCUGGUGAAUUUCUCACGGGGGAACAGAGGGAUCAGCCAACACACGAACACACAUUACUCUUGAGAUUAAACGCUGUUUUCAUUUAUGACUUUUUCUUUUUUUUUUUUUUCUUUUUUUAUGUGACUUUGUGUUUGGUGUGUGUGUGUGUGUGUGUGUGUGUGUGUGUGUAGCCCUCUGUUCCAGCUUUGUGUUCACUGAUUCUGAUUGACCCACCGUCUUGACUGUAAUUUAAUUUUCUCUUCCUUUGACUUUUUUUUCAUUGCCUCUUGGGACUGCUAAUAAAAUGAUUGUUAAAAG